AGAAGAAGAAGAUCUUCUCUGUUGUUUUGUUCCUCAGACCUCCUGUUGUCUGCUACGUUUUUAGUUCGUGUCGCGGUUCGGCUCCGCGCACCCUGCGGUGAUCCGGGACAGGUAAAGGCAGAGGUUUGUUACCAUGACGACCAAACACAGACCGAUCACCAAUUCCUUCAAGGUGGUGAAGAAAACGAGGAGAGGAGGAAAACAGAACAAGAGCCCCACACCUCCUCCUGCUCCUCCUCCUGCUCCUUCUCCUCCUGAGAAAGGAGACGACGUGUUUAAGACCACCAGGGAAGAGGAGUUACAGAAACUGAGACAGUUUGACCUGGACUGGAGGUUCGGGCCCUGCACAGGUAUCAGCAGGCUGCAGAGGUGGGACAGAGCACAGCUUCAUGGUCUGGAGCCACCUGAGGAGAUCAGAUACCUGCUGCUGCAAACACACACUGACGCUGAAUACAGACUGAGCCUGUGGAGGGACUACCCUUUCUGAAGGAGAGGAGCAGCCUCCUGGGAAAUUCAUCUUUUAAUAUAUUGACAAUUUUUGUAACCAUGUUUUCUGCCUUUGUUCUGCCUUCUGUGAAAACAUUUUAUUAUAAUCUGUAAACAACUGCCA